ACGGAGAUAUUUUGAGGUUCAGAAAUAUUUUGCGAGAGGAGAGCGAGGAGUCGGAAUAAUUUCCCCCCAAGAAAAUGUCAAUACGCCAAAUCAACGGUGGCGCGUAACAUCGGAGCCUUUACAAUCCGUCCCAUCUCUUACCACAUGCGUCCAUGGACGAAAACGAUGGCUGUGGACCCAACUUCUCUGAAAAGAACGGCAAUGGCAGAAGCAACGAGUUCCCUGUUUGUUCACUUCCAUUGUUAACUACAGCAACGCUUUGAAUAAGAGCUCAUACCUUUUCACUUUUCACCUAGCUAAGUUUUGAUUCCUCGUUAACUCUCCAUGAACAUGCGAUGAGGUUACUUCUAUGAACAAUGGAGCUGGUUACUCGGAGUGCAUCGUUGUCUUCAUCUGUUUCCUUUCUGCGUACUUCAAAUUCGAGUUUUCCCGAAUUUCGACGCCGUAGUUCGAAGCGCAAUGUAAUUCCAAUUCGGAGGAGAAGUGAUAUCCAUUUGGAUUUGGAUGUUGAUUGGAUUCAUUCUAGGAUCAAUGUAUCGGAGACUAGAGCGAGUAGUCGUGGAGCAGAGGUGAGAACUUCAGUCACCAUGGCGGAAGAGGUGGAGAUUUCCAAUUCGAAUCGUUUUGAAGUUUUUGAGGGCACUCCGACUCCUUUCGGUGCCACAGCUAGAGACGGCGGGAUUAAUUUCGCCAUCUAUUCUGGCAAUGCGGUUUCAGCUACUCUGUGUUUGAUAAAUCUUUUUGAUCUGCAGAAGAAGAGAGUGGCCCAGGAGAUCACUCUUGAUCCCUUAACUAAUAGGACUGGGGAUGUCUGGCAUGUAUUUCUGAAGGGAGAUUUUACCGAUAUGCUAUAUGGGUACAAAUUUGGUGGGAAAUUUUCACCUCAGGAAGGAUGCUACUUUGACCCUUCUCGGAUUUUGUUGGAUCCAUAUGCUAAAGCCGUUAUUAGCAGAGAGGAGUUUGGUGCCUUGGGACCCGAUGACAACUGCUGGCCCCAAAUGGCUGGCAUGGUACCCACCGUUGAUGAUGAGUUUGAUUGGGAAGGGGAUUUACCUCUGCAACACCCACAAAAGGAUCUUAUAAUAUAUGAAAUGCAUGUACGGGGGUUCACCAGGCAUGAAUCAAGUCAAUCAGGAUCUCCUGGCACCUAUCUUGGUCUAGUUGACAAGUUAGAUUACUUGAAGGAACUUGGGGUCAACUGUAUAGAGUUAAUGCCAUGCCAUGAAUUCAAUGAGUUGGAAUACUACAGCUACAACUCUGUCUUGGGUGACUAUAAGGUGAAUUUUUGGGGAUAUUCAACAGUCGGUUUCCUGUCACCAAUGAUAAGAUAUUCUUCUGCCGGCAUUCGAAAUUGUGGCCAGGAUGCUAUAAAUGAAUUCAAGCUUCUCAUUAAAGAAGCUCAUAAACGUGGAAUUGAGGUGAUCAUGGAUGUAGUUUUUAAUCACACGGCUGAAGGGAAUGAAAAUGGCCCAAUUUUUUCUUUCAGAGGUGUUGAUAAUAAUGUGUAUUACAUGCUUGCUCCAAUGGGAGAGUUUUAUAAUUAUUCAGGAUGUGGAAACACAUUUAACUGCAAUCAUCCAGCUGUACGUAGAUUUAUUGUGGACUGCUUGAGAUAUUGGGUGAUAGAAAUGCACGUGGAUGGGUUUCGCUUUGAUCUUGCUUCUAUAAUGACCAGAGGUAGCAGUCUCUGGGAUGCAGUAAACGUGUACGGAAAUCCAAUAGAAGGUGACACACUCACAACUGGUUCUCCUCUUGGCAAUCCUCCAUUAAUUGACAUGAUAAGUAAUGACCCAAUACUUCAAGGAGUGAAGCUCAUUGCAGAAGCAUGGGAUGCUGGGGGCCUCUACCAAGUUGGUACAUUUCCUCACUGGUGUGUUUGGUCUGAAUGGAAUGGGAAGUACCGAGACAUUGUACGGCAGUUCAUCAAAGGCACAGAUGGAUUUUCUGGAGCUUUUGCUGAAUGCCUUUGCGGGAGUCCUAAUCUUUACCAGGGAGGAGGAAGGAAACCGUGGAAUAGUAUCAACUUUAUUUGUGCACACGACGGUUUCACUUUGGCUGAUUUAGUGACGUACAAUAGUAAACAUAACUUAGCAAAUGGUGAAGACAACAAUGACGGUGAAAACCAUAAUAAUAGCUGGAACUGUGGACAGGAGGGAGAGUUUGUUAGCAUCUCUGUAAAGAAAUUGAGGAAAAGACAGAUGCGAAACUUCUUUGUCUGCCUCAUGGUUUCCCAAGGCGUCCCAAUGAUAUAUAUGGGUGAUGAAUAUGGCCACACAAAGGGGGGGAACAACAACACGUAUUGCCAUGAUAACUAUAUCAAUUAUUUCCUCUGGGAUAAGAUGGAAGAGUCAUCCUCUGACUUCCAUAGGUUUUGCAGACUUAUGACCACAUUCCGCUACGAAUGCGAGUCACUGGGCUUAAAUGAUUUCCCCACAGCUCAGAGACUACAAUGGCAUGGCCAUUCUCCUGGAAACCCCGACUGGUCUGAAGCAAGCCGUUUUGUCGCCUUUACUCUGGUCGAUUCAGUGAAACGAGAAAUUUACAUAGCCUUCAAUGCUAGUCAUUUACCUGUCACCGUGACAUUGCCCGAGAGACUUGGAUAUCGAUGGGAACCAUUGGUGGACACAGGUAAGAUUUCACCAUUCGACUUCCUCACAAGCGACCUUGAAGAAAGAGAUGUAGCAAUUCAACAGUACGCUCACUUCCUCGACGCAAAUCUUUACCCCAUGCUUAGUUAUUCGUCCAUCAUUCUUCUCCUCUUUCCAGAAAAACAUGCAUCAACCUGAUAAUCUUCAUAUCACAUGUCCCUUUCAAUAAUUCUUCCUCUGAUAUGUGCAUGUGAAUAUUUUACAUAUACAUACACAGUGGGAUAGAGAUGGAUGCCUGUGAUAUUCAUUUCCUCACAUGACCUUCAUCUUUGAAUAAAAACACGGUUGGGACUGGAACUCAGUAAAAACUUACAAAGCUACCAAUGA